CAUUACUUCUUCUGUGUUCACACACUUUUCUUCUUUCAUACUUUUGACAAAAUCUUCAAAUACUUUCACACCUGAAAAAUAUUAAAAGAAGAAAAAAAGUUUCAUUUAUUUGAAUGGAAAUCACUUCUUCUUUCUCAUUUCCAUCACAAGAAGAUUUCAAUUCUCUAAACUUUUUUCAAGAACUCAACUUUCUUUCUCCAUCUUCUGAUCAUCAUCAAUCCAUGUCGAAAAAAAUAAAAAUCAACGAUUUUGAUCACAACCCAGUUGAGGAAAUCCUGAAUAAAUUUCUGGGUGUCGAAAACGAAACGCACCCAGAAUCAAAAUCAGUUGAAAAUCACACCCUUUUUGAUUUCAAGAACCAAAAAGUUGAUCUUGAAAUGAAGGAUCAUGGUGUUGUAUCUGGCACCAAACGUGUUCGUGAAAAUGCCGCUGAGAAGGAAGAGGAUGUAGUUGAGGUUGGUUCUGGCUCUGGUUCUGGUUUUUCUCAGCAGCCUUUACAGCAGAGGAGAUUAUGGGUGAAAAACAGAUCAAAUGCAUGGUGGGAGCAAUGUAACCAUCCUGAUUUCCCUGAAGAGGAAUUCAAGAAAGCUUUUCAUAUGGGCAAAGCUACGUUUGAUUUUGUAUGUUCUGAAUUAGAAUCAGUAGUGACAAAAAAAGACACAAUGCUACGUAUGGCGAUACCUGUUCGUCAGCGUGUAGCUGUAUGCAUUUGGAGAUUGGCUACAGGGGAGCCACUCCGUGAAGUGUCUAGGCGAUUUGGGUUAGGUAUAUCUACUUGUCAUAAGCUCGUGCUCGAGGUAUGCACAGCUAUAAGAGGUGUGUUGAUGGCGAAAUUCAUACAAUGGCCUGAUGAGAUUAAGAUGGAGGAAAUUAAACAUGAGUUUGAAAUCCUUUCAGGGAUACAAAAUGUAGGUGGAUCAAUGUACACAACACAUGUACCAAUUAUCGCGCCUAAGGAAAGUGUCGCGAGUUACUUCAACAAAAGGCAUACUGAGAGGAAUCAGAAGACAUCUUAUUCAGUUACAGUACAAGGGGUUGUUGAUCCUAAGGGGAUUUUCACAGAUGUUUGUAUAGGAUGGCCUGGUUCAAUGACAGAUGAUCAAGUCUUGGAAAAAUCCAUACUUUACGAAAGAGCAAACAGAGGAAACUUGAAUGGUACUUACAUUGUUGGGAGCUCAGGAUUUCCAUUAACGGAUUGGAUUUUAGUUCCAUUUACUCAUCAGAAUGUUACUUGGACACAACAUGCGUUUAAUGAGAAAGUGAAUGAUGUUCAAAAAGUUGCUAAAGAAGCAUUUAUGAGAUUGAAAGCAAGAUGGAGUUGUUUAAAGAAAAGAACAGAAGUGAAACUUCAAGAUUUGCCUGUUGUUCUUGGGGCUUGUUGUACACUUCACAAUAUUUGUGAAAUGAGAGGUGAAGAAUUACGUCAAGAAUUGAGGUUCGAUUUGGUUGAUGAUGAAAUGGUUCCGGAAAUUGUUGUGAGAUCAAUGAAUGCUAUGAAAGUAAGAGAUCAGAUUGCUCACAAGCUAUUACAUCAUAAUUACUCAGGGACUAGUUUCCUAUGAUGAAUAUGGAAAUUCAAGAUUUAGUUUACAUGUUUUAGAGGUUGAAUAUUAGGUUUGAUUUUGGGGGUAAUUCUUUACAUGGUUUAUUGAAGUCAUGUUAUAGAAUAAGUUACUAUAAAUCUUCAUAGAAGAUUUGCUUUUCCAUUUCAAGUUUUGCAUAUUGUUUAGGACAUUA